UAGAAGAAGCAAACAACACCGUGCCAGCAGUGCCGGCCCCGCUCUGGGCCCAACGAGGGGACCUGAGGUCACAUUCCAAGAUGGCUGUGCCUGAGGAAUGCAGUGGGUGCCCCCCUAAGACGCCUGUCUCCCUUCUUUUUUAUUAAUCGGCCCCAUUUGCCCGUUCUAGCGAAAAGAAACCCUUAUUACCGUUUGCGAAUGGUGAAACAAUGUAACGCGUGUAGACGCCGAGUGCUAUCGAGAGUUGAAGAACAACCCGAGACGAAAGGCGCCAAGACACAAGGCCUAUCGAGAAAGACAAGCAGCGAAAAAGAGAGAGAAAGAAAGAGAAGUCUCGCGCACGUUCAAAAUUCGGGGCCUGAUUUUCACAUAAGUUCGACACUCUGCAGAUGAUGCCCAUGCCAGAGGAUGCUACUAGAUCGUCUUAAGCAAUGUCUCAUAGGGAUAUCUCUGAGGUGGAGCCCGAAGGUACGUCGGCCUUGGCUGCUGGAUCUAGGACAUUAUUCCUAGAAACAGUACGCAGAAGCAAUGCGGCGUGCCAGAAUGGGGAUUACGCGCUCGCCGCUACAUUGUACACGGAAGCCCUAGUAUUGGAUCCUCUCAGUCAUGUAUUAUAUUCAAACAGAUCAGCUGCUAGGCUUAAAAUGGGAUUAUUCGCGCUCGCACUGCAAGAUGCUGUCAGAGCUACCGAGUUAAGUCCACAGUGGCCGAAGGCGUACUAUCGGCAAGGAGUAGCGCUUCAAUGCUUAGGACGUUACGGAGAAGCUCUCGUUGCAUUCAGCACGGGAUUAGCUCACGAUGCGUCGAAUCAUCAGUUGCUAUCCGGUUUAGUGGAAGCAUCUCUGAAGUCACCGCUGCGUCCUACUUUGGAACCAACGUUCCAACAGUUGCGCGCGAUGAAGCUCGACGAAUCGCCGUUCGUUGUUAUAUCUGUGGUCGGUCAGGAGUUACUCGGCGCCGGACAAUACAGAGCGGCUGCUGGUGUACUGGAAGCCGCGCUCACUAUCGGUUCGUGUAGCUUGAAAUUGAGAGGAUCCGUGUUCUCCGCUCUGUCCAGCGCGUACUGGGCGCUGAAUUCUUUGGACAAGGCAAUAAACUACAUGCAGCAAGAUCUCGGAGUAGCACGUUCUUUAGGAGACACGCAGGGCGAGUGUAGAGCCCACGGAAAUCUGGGCUCCGCGUACUUCAGCAAGGGCAGCUUCAAAGAAGCUCUGACAGCUCACAGAUAUCAACUUGUUCUGGCUAUGAAGUGUAAGGAUACGCAAGCGGCCGCGUCGGCCUUGACCAGUUUGGGACACGUUUACACGGCGAUCGGCGAUUUACCAAACGCCCUGGCUUCUCAUAAACAGUGUGUGCAAUUGGUCAAACAAAUGGGGGAUCGGCUGCAAGAGGCUCGCGAGAUCGGCAACGUCGGAGCGGUCUAUUUGGCAAUGGGAGAAUUCGAAAGUGCCGUUGACUGCCACACGCAGCAUCUGAGGAUAGCCAGACGAUUGGGUGAUCGCGUGGAAGAAGCGAGGGCUUUCAGCAACUUGGGCUCAUCUCAUCAUUAUCGUAGAAAUUUCGGACAAGCAAUGGCUUAUCACGAAAAUGUUCUGAGAAUAGCGCAGGAACUCGGAGACAGAGCUAUAGAAACCAGAGCGUAUGCGGGAUUAGGUCACGCCGCCAGAUGUGCAGGCGAUCUGGCGCAAGCUAAACUUUGGCAUCAGAGACAGCUCGAUGUCGCAUUGGCCACGAAAGACAAGGUGGCCGAGGGACGAGCUUGCAGCAAUCUGGGUAUAGUAUAUCAAUUACUCGGCGAGCAUGACGCCGCUUUGAAAUUGCACCAGGCUCACUUGGGAAUCGCAAGAUCUUUAGGAGACAAAGCCGGAAUGGGUAGAGCAUACGGUAACAUCGGCAACGCUUACAACGCUUUGGGUUAUUAUGAACAGGCUAUCAAAUAUCAUAAGCAAGAAUUGACGAUAAGCAAAGAGGUCAAUGAUCGCAGUUCGGAAGCCAGCACACACGGAAAUUUGGCGGUCGCAUAUCAGGCCGUACAGGGCCACGAAGCAGCGUUGAGACAUUACAGAGCUCAUCUGGCAAUAGCGCGUGAAUUGAAGGACACGGCUGGAGAAGCUUGCGCCUUACUGAAUCUCGCCAAUUGUCUGUCUUCACGCGGCAGAUUCGAAGAGGCAGUGCCGUAUUACGAGCACUACUUGAUGCUGUCGCAGGAAUUACACGAUGUGGAGGGAGAAGCUAAAGCGUGCCACUUCUUGGGAUACGCUCAUUAUUGCUUGGGAAAUCACCGCGAGGCGGUCAGAUACUACGAUCAGGAUUUGGCGCUAGCUAAGGACCUGCAAGAUAAAUCCGGGAUGGGAAGAGCUUAUUGCAAUCUGGGAUUAGCUCACUUGGCGCUGGAAAAUUUGGACACGGCUUUGGAAUGUCAGAAAUAUUAUUUGGCGAUCGCGCACAUGACUAAGCAUCUGGCUGGCAAGUUUCGAGCUCUAGGAAAUAUUGGUGAUUGUUUGUUGCGUAUGGGAGAGAUUGACGAAGCUAUUAAAAUGCAUCAACGUCAGUUAAAUCUGGCGCGUCAAGCUGCCGAUCGUAGUUUGGAAGCAGCCGCUUACGGCGCAUUAGGGGUCGCUCAUCGUGCUACAAAGAAUUUAGAUAAGGCAUUGGGUUUCCACACGCAAGAGUUAACUCUGAGACAAGAAGCUGGUGAUCUGCGUGGCGAAUGCAGAGCACAUGGAAAUCUGGGCGCAGUGCACAUGGCACUAGGACAAUACACGCACGCGGUUAAAUGUUAUCAGGAACAGUUGGAGAGAGCGAAAGAAUUAGCGGAUUCUGGAAUUGAAGCUCAGGCAUUGGGAAAUUUAGGCAUAGCUAGACUCAAUAUGGCACAUUAUGAAGAUGCUAUCGGUUAUUUCGAGCAACAAUUAGCAACUUUGGAGCCGCUAAUCACAGGCACGGCUUUGCUCGAUAAAGCUCGAGCACUUGGAAAUUUGGGUGACUGUUACGAAGCCUUGGGUGAUCUGGAAGAAGCAAUCAAGUGUCACGAGCAGCAACUGGCAGCCGCAACCAAGUUGAAAAGCAUAAGGGAUCAAGAGAGAGCCUACAGAGGAUUAGGAAGAGCUCGAGAGGCAACUGGAAACUUACAAGAAGCCUUGGUAUGUUUCGAAAAGAGAUUAGUGGCUGCUCAUGAAGUGGACAGCCCUGAAGCGAGAGGAGCUGCUUACGGAGAUCUAGGCAGAGUACACGCUGCGUUGGGUAAUCACGAACAAGCCGUUAGUUGUUUGUCACAUCAACUAGCUCUUGCACGAGGACUCGGCGAUAAAGCGGCCGAAGCCGAAGCCGCCAGUGGUCUAGGAGCGGUUCAUCUUUUAAUGGACGAUCCGAAUUCCGCGUUACGCCAUCAUCAAUUGGAACUGUCGAUCGCUGAAGGCUUGGACGCGGCUGGAUUGCAAGCUCGCGCUUGCGCUAAUCUGGGAGUGACCCAAGAAACAUUGGGACAGUAUGAAGAAGCUAUAAGAUUGCAGGAACAAUCGUUAAGCCUGGCAGCCGCGGCAGGAGAUCAAUCGGCUCGAGCGGCAGCUUUCGCAAGUCUCGGGCGACUUCAUCACUUGUGCGGCGACUUGUCUCGCGCUCUAAGUUACUUGCAAUCCGGUUUGUCACUGUCCGAGGGUUUGGGAAGAAGAGAAGAGGCCGCCAGAUUGAGACACAGACUCGGUCUUGUACAUUGGGAGGCCGGAGAAGCGAGCAUCUCUGUGGAACACUUGGAAAAGGCUGCGAACUUGUUGGAAUCGCUAGACGGAGCUUCUGUGUCUCUCACUUGCGGCCAACCUAGCCGGGCCGAGUUACUAUCGGAAACGUAUAGAAUGUUACAGAAAGUGCUGAUCAGUUUAAAUCGCGCGGAAGAAGCUUUAAAUUGGGCCGAGAGAUCUAGACGGUCUAAGAGUAAUUCUUUAGACGACGCUACUCACUAUUCCGAAAUCAUUGAUAGACAACGCGGAAUUAUCUUAUAUUACAGCGAGGUGGGAUGUGAAUUACACGCUUGGUGCUUGGCGCCAGGACGUGGAUUGUUACGAUUUCAUUCUGCCACCUUGGACGACGGAGUAGGACUGGAAAAGAGAGUUCUUCAAGCACGAGAAGCUCUUUUGGACGAGAGCAACGAACUUAUUGAGGAAUCGACUAAGAUCCCAUCGAGAGGUCAUCACUUAAAUGCCAGUUCUUACAGUUUGAGCAGUUUGUUUAGUGUUGGUUCUGUGAGUUCUCGCGCUGGGAGUGCUCGUUGGGGCCGUGGAGCGAAGGGACCCACGUGGCAGGCGCCGUUGCCGAUACAGAUGCUUUAUGAUCUUUUACUUGCACCUUUUGAAGAUUUACUACCGCUCCCGCGAAAGGAACUCAUUAUGGUUGUGGAGAAAUCUCUUUACUUGGCGCCAUUCCCAGCUUUACAGUCUAAUCCGGGAGAGGAUUACCUGUGCGAAAGAUUCUCCCUGCUGGUAGUGCCGUCCCUCGCAGCUCUCAGAAAAAGAUCGAAAACUCCCGUACUAGAAGGUGGUGCUACCGUAGCCGCAUUGGUUGCCGGAAAUCCCAUUCUGCCAGAAGAUGUUCGAGAGGAAUACGGAUGGUCCGAAAGUGUCGCUUCCACCGAGACUGAGUCGGAAAUAGUUGCCGAAUUGUUAGAAGCCCGUGCCAUGACCGGACUCGAAGCUAACAGAUCAGCGGUUUUGCGAUCUCUACCGGAUGCUGAAUGCGUCCAUUUGACGGUGCCGGUCUUCUGGAACACCAGCAGCCUAGCGUUUUCACCCGAUCAGUGCGAAGAACCGUCCGACAGACCGGAGUACCUGAUAAGCCAAACGGACUUGGUGAGACUGAAAAUGUCAGCUCGUCUAGUAGUCGUGUCCAGCGGUCACGGUUGGAACAACGUGGAGUGCACAAACGCCACGUCGGACGGCAUAGAGAAUCUUGCCAAGACUUUGUUAAGCGCGGGAGCGCAGUGCGUGCUGAUAGGAAUGUGGGCAGUACCACCAACUGCCGGUAGUAUUUUGUUGCGAGCAUUUUACAGCGCGAUGCUACAAGGAGCGAGAGCGUCACGAGCCUUAGCCGAAGCGAUGCAGACCGUUCAACAUACUAGGCACUUCGCUCAUCCUGCCAACUGGGCCGGUUGGUUACUCAUAGGCGGAGACGCAAGAUUAUCUAACAAGGUUGCACUUAUGGGCCAAGCACUGGCGGAAUUGCUACGCGGCGGACCUGAACAGAGCAGAGAUGCGCUGCGAGUGACGCUUCAUUUAGUGGAGAAAUCACUACAGAGAAUUCAUCGCGGACAGAAGAACGCCAUGUAUACGACUCAGCGUAGUAUCGAGAAUAAAGUAGGCGCUGCUACAGGUUGGCGGGAACUUCUGAUGUCCGUGGGAUUCAGAUUCGAACCAGCUGGCAACGGAAUACCAUCCUCCGUGUUCUUUCCACAAAGCGAUCCCGAAGAAAGAUUGACGAGAUGCAGUGCCAGCUUGCAAGCGUUAUUAGGAUUAGGUCAAUCAUCGUUACAUGCUUUAGCAAGGCUUUUACAGGCACCAGAAGCUGCAGAAGAUGUAAUUGCUGCCAUGAGAAGAGCCAGUUGUGCCACAGAAGGACAAGAAAUUAUUUUACCUGUACACGUUUGGAGGGCAUCGGGGUCACAUGAAUUGUUUGCUAGUUUAGGUUUCGAUUUGAUGGAGGUCGGACAAUCGGAAGUGACAUUGAGAACAGGAAAACAAGCUUCGCGUAGAGCUGUACAAUUUGCUCUUCAAGCUCUUCUCGCGUUGUUUGAUACACAAGAAGCACCAAAAAGUCUCAGCUUAGAUUCCAGCAGUUCGAUGGAGAGUUUAGCCUCCGUGGCUCAUACCGAAAAGAAUCUUGUUGAACGGCCUCGAUUGGGAGGAGCGUUCGCGAGUUAUGUACGACAUCGCGGCGAACCAGAUGGAAAAACCAUGGAACCACCGAAUGUUUUGUUGUCAGCAUCACGACAACCGUGUCAAAAUGGUGGAGGCGAAUCGGACGUGGCGUUCACACCCAGUCCUCCUGUAGCACUUAAUCUGAACCAUCAGACGCGUAUUCGGAAUCUUUAUCCCGAUCAGACUCUAGCAAGACCGGGCUCAAGUUCAAGCAGUUCGGUGACAGAUUGGGACAACGGACAUGCCACUGUGUUGAGGCGUCAACCAUUACCGCCGCUGCCGCCCACUGUGCUGGAGAGAUUAAGCGUUAGAACGGAAGUCGGCACAAGCACAAGGAAGAUGCGACAUACUUCGACGACAAAUGAAGACAUCUGCGCGCAGACCGACACGACGCAAUCCACAGAGACACACCCACAAAACUUGAGAAACCUGGCUACCUCCCUGACAAGUCUAACGCGCGAGCUUACACCCACAAUCUCCGAGGUCUAUCACGAACGUAGCUUGGGAUUAGGUCUAGCGCCGUCUUUGUCGAAAUUACUGGAGGAAGUGGGCACCGUACCCGAGAACGAGGAGUCAGAGUCGACAAAAACAGGCGGUCACCAGACGCAAAAUUGGAUACAGAACGAGCCGGAUCUCUGUCGGCGAGACGAGGCUGACGGUAGAUCCAUCGCCGAGUCGCAGUGCAGUGCCGCUAGUUCGAAUAAAAUACCUCGAAAAGCUCCUGCGCCACCGGUAUAGAUAAAAAAAUUUUAUAUUUAUAAAUUAAAACACAUUUAUGUGUACAAUUGUGUGUUUGUGUGUGUAUGUGUGGAGAGAGAAAGAGAGAGAGAGAGAGAGAGUACUGGGCACCAAAGAAUGAGGGAGCAUGGGAAAAAUUGGAUUGUUGCUGCAAAUGUUUGCUAUAGCAAAACUAGCAGAAAAUAAUCUCGACGAAUAGUAAAUAAUAAAGCGCAAGUACGUGUCAACUUGAACUUGCGGAUUUUGAACUAAAAUACUCGCAGAAAAAUAUAUUAAUUAGAUGCAUUUUUAGAAGCAUUUCGAGUUUGCUUUUUGUACAUAUUGAAGCUUGUACGUGAGUUCUAUUAUGCACACACACAAGAAUGAGAUAAUCUCGUUAAUAUAUAUUUGUAUUCAAAUAAUAAUGUUCAGUGUAAUCCGUCCAUAAACAUUUACUUAUUAACAUUUACAAUAUUAAUUAUCAAAACUAGCAAAAACUUUUUUUUUUAUAUUUAUCCACAUACGUAAAUAUUACAUAGUUAAUGUGACUAUUUUGACUGUCACGGUUCUUAUGCGUUCUAAUAAUUAUUUAACAAAAAAAA